CAUUAGCUGCUUCUUGGCUUCAGACUGACUUCCCACAAUUCUUUGCGCGCGUAGGUUCACACUGAUGACCAAAAUGGCGGACUCAACGCCGGAACUUGUAGAAGGCUGUCGACUUCCCGUGCUCAGAAAAAAUCAAGAAAAUGAAGACGAAUGGCCAUUGGCAGAAAUCCUCAGCGUCAAAGAGGUCCCUGGGAAAAAGCUCUACUAUGUUCACUACAUUGACUUCAACAAGCGGUUGGAUGAGUGGGUCACCCCAGAAAGACUGGACAUGAAAAAGCUUCAGUUCCCUAAGAAGGAGGCAAAGACACCCACAAAGAACGGCCUAUCUGGCUCUCGGCCCAGCUCGCCAGAGCGAGACGUGAGGAAGAGUCUAGAUCUCACCGUUCAAACUGCUUCAGCACCUUCCAGAGGCAAAACCCUUCCCACACCGAAGAGGAAAGCAGAGUCGGUCUCCUUAGCAUCACAAGUUUCUGUCGCAACAUCAGUGCCUUCACUCCCGAGUUCAACAGAGGUCUCACAGGCGUCUGUGUUUCCCACAGUCCGGGAAACCUUCACUACCAAAUCCAGAGAUGAGCACGAGCACCUCACGUCCCUCACCACGCAGAAUGGCACAGCGCGUCGUAUCCUUCCGUCUCAGCCCGGAAGGAAAAGGAAAAACUGUGGCACCGAUGAGAUGAUAAAGGUAUUCCAGUUUAACAGCCCUCGCAGUGCCAGUGUCUUUCUGCCGCCAGGAGAGGACUCACAGGACAGUUCGGACGGUAUCCCCACUGCUCCUCGCAUGACCGGGAGUCUGGUCUCUGACCGCAGCCACGAUGAUAUAAUCACGCGCAUGAAGAACAUCGACUGCAUUGAGUUGGGCCGCCAUCGACUCAAGCCCUGGUACUUUUCACCGUACCCGCAGGAGCUAACCACGCUGCCCAUCCUCUACCUCUGCGAGUUCUGCCUCAAGUACCUCAAGAGCCUAAAGUGUCUGCAGAGGCAUUUGACAAAAUGCAAUCUCCGACAUCCUCCAGGAAAUGAAAUCUACCGCAAAGGGACGAUCUCGUUCUUUGAGAUCGACGGCAGGAAAAACAAGACAUAUUCACAGAACUUAUGUUUACUGGCAAAAUGCUUUCUGGACCACAAAACCCUGUACUACGACACAGACCCCUUCCUCUUCUAUGUAAUGACGGAGUAUGACUCCAAAGGCUUCCAUAUAGUUGGCUACUUUUCUAAGGAGAAAGAGUCAACCGAGGAUUAUAAUGUGGCCUGUAUUCUGACUUUACCACCGUAUCAGAGAAGAGGCUAUGGCAAACUGCUGAUCGAGUUCAGUUAUGAGCUUUCUAAGGUUGAAGGUAAGACGGGGACCCCGGAGAAGCCCCUGUCUGAUCUGGGCCUGCUAUCUUAUCGCUCUUAUUGGUCUCAGACUAUUCUCGAGAUCCUCAUGGACCUUAAAUCGGAUAAUGGAGAAAGACCACAAAUCACCAUCAAUGAAAUUAGCGAGAUAACCAGCGUAAAGAAAGAGGAUGUAAUAUCGACCCUACAGUACCUCAACCUCAUCAAUUACUACAAGGGGCAGUACAUUCUCACACUCUCGGAGGACAUCGUAGAAGGUCACGAACGCGCCAUGCAGAAACGACACCUCCGUAUCGACCCUAAAUGCCUACAUUUUACACCAAAAGACUGGAGCAAGAGGGGCAAGUGGUAAAGAUGUACUACAACGCGACCUCUGGGACUGAAGCUUGGAGAACAACAACGUUUAAUAGACUACAUUCCAAGCCUUGAGUCAUUUUUUGUCCUGAUCAUAGAUGACUAAAAAAAAAAUUUGUUACUGCCUUUUAGUGUAGUGAUCAUACUUAUGUGUCCAUCAGAUUUGUCCUCGUGUCCCCAUUUAUGAUUCUCAAAUCGGUGUUUGAGCAAAGAAAGUGGAUUCAUUUUUCUGAACUUCUUCAGAUUCAUCCACCUUCUCUUUCGAUCUGAAUCACUUGUCUUACCGAUCGGUCCUGUUAUUCAUCCUCGCUUCGGGUCUCGAUGAAUCACUUCACAGGAAAAAAAAAAACUCUUCGUCUCUCACGCUCUUGUCAAAUCAAGUGACUUUGUAACUCUAUCACAGACCAGCACAUCCACCUGUGGAUUCUACGCACAAGCAACGUCAAGCUAAAGCUACCCUGAUGUUUGUUCUUUGGUAUUUGUAUAUAAUAUACACCAUUCUCUCUCUCUCUUUUUUUUUUCUUUUCUUUUCUUUUUGUAAAGGAUGUUUUUAAACUUGGUAUCUUGCAUCUCUGUGGGGGAAUUUUUAAAAAACAAAAACUGCAUGGGGAUGUCCGUAAAAAAAAUAAGCCAUGUCGAACUGUUAGAAGAAUGUAAAUUUGGAUUUGUGUACAGCUGUCAAUCUUUUUUCUUUUCUUUUCUUUUUUUUUUUUUAAUGUUUCAAAGAACUGAAUGUAAACCGUGAAACACUCGUGGCAUAGUAUUUUAAUUUAAGGUAAAGACUAUUUUCUGUAAAAUCUCCUCCAUGAUUAGAGAUCUGUAACAUGAAAGAUUUCUAUUAGUGUUUUUUCCCCAGUAAUAUGAACUAUAUAUCGAUAACAAGGAGUUAUUCCUGAGCAGUUUUUUUUACGUAGUGGCAUCAGUUGGUGGCGACUAUUCAGUUCUCACCUAUUUACAUAGUUCACUCUCAUAAGUGUCAUGUAAUUUCUAUUUACCGUCUUCAUUAAAUGCCACAAGGUGGAACCACUUUAA